AUGGCAACUGUAAUAGAGGCUACACUAGUCAUCUCCCCUCCAACUGAUGAGAUUUUGAACCUAAUCCAUACAGCCGCGAUAGACAUUCUUGACGAUGUGAAUGCAGCCACAGAUAUGCCAUUGACUGCACUUGCACCACGAGCAAGCUGUCAAGAAGUUGAGAGAGAGUUUCUGAAUAUUCACCGGAGACUUAUACGCCACGGAUAUAACUCAGCUGUCAAUCGAAUCCUAGACCCAAUACAAAUUGACCCCGAUGGAUGGGACCCGCAAACGUUUGUGAUGUUCGAGGGAUCAUUUGGUAUCCCACCUAGAACACUAGCUAUUAUCAUACCGAUUUAUAAAGAGCGAGAGCCGCUGAUCGAGUUCCUUUUCGAGGGCCAGGUCGUUACAGUCGAUUGGAUAAUCGGUGCUAUGAUAUAUAUGCGGGGAAAUUCCUCUUUGGCUUCGGAUGGAUGCGGGAAGACUGCUUUUAUUGUUUUCCUCUUCAAGACCAAAAUAUCUUGAAGGAUCGAUUCUUCGACGAAUCAUGAUUGUGGCAAGAUUUUCGCAUGUCGAGGGAAGAGUAAACAGGAGGGGAAAGUGAAAUUGAUAGCCCUUUGUCAUGUUCUCGUUGAGGUUAAUGCUGUUUGAUUGUGCUGUUUAUGUA